AGGAGCAGUCUGCCAAGUGACACCAGUUUGAAUAACAUGAAACCAAUGUCAAGUUUAGUUGUGCUUCUCAUUUCUUUGACUUUGUGUUUUAAAUUCGCCUCGUCAAUCUUCUGCUAUGACUGCAACAGCGCCUUCGACCCUCGCUGCGGGGAGAACUUCGACUCCUUCAGCCUUGGCGUCGUCAACUGCUCACUCAGAGACCCUCCCGAGCAUAUAGAACCGAUUGAACCUACCUUUUGUAGAGUCAUCAAGAUGGAGAUUUACGGUAAAGUGCGAAUCGUCCGACAAUGCGGGUAUAUUGAGGAAGAACAUGGUGAACACAUCUGCAAGAGACAGACUGGUAACGGUGAUGUUUUCAUCACAUACUGCACAUGUGAUACUGACCUUUGCAACGCCAGUACUCAACUCACAGAUCCUACUACUAUGCUUACUUCAAUCGCCAUUUUAUAUGGGAUCUUAAAUUUGAAAUACAUUCUCUGACUUAAUUUUAAUUUGGUGGCUGUUUUAGGAAACUUGAUAACCGUCCUGCUACUAAAAAGACUUGACAAUAAGAGCCAAAACUAAAUUAAGGCUAUUGACAAAAGUGAGCACCGACCCAAGGUAUAUCUAAGUACGAAUUUGUCCUAAAUAAUGGAAAAUGUUACACCGACAGUUAGGGAACCGUAGGCUAAGUGAGUUUUCAAAAUUUGUCCUAAUACUUACUUAGUGAGACAAAUUUUGAAAUUUACUUUAAAUUCUUUUAUUUCAAGAAGGCUUAAGAAAAGCUAAGAACGGUUCCUGGUGGAUUUGCAAAAAGCAAAUAUAAACGCGCAGGGAAUCGCGGGCAAGCAUUAAAUAAAUUUCUAACUUAUUUCUGAUAUUUUCAAUAAAAUUUUCAUUUUAUACGUAAAAUUAUAAUACAAGUGCAAUACAAGGAUAUGCAAAAAUCUGGCUGCGAAGAUUGCUUUAAAUGUCGGCACAGAUGCUUAUGCUGUUAUAGACAAAUCGCUUAAAUAAACUGGAAAUAUAAUACUUUCAUUUGCCGCCCGGAUAUAAUGUUUUGAUGUAAUAAAGCAUACGGAUAAAAAUCGGAUGAAGUAGUAAAACUACUCCAUUAUUAAACAAAAAACAAUCCCCAUAUCUCUAAAGGCAAUGGUUCUUAACCUACAAAGGUUAGAUUUUAGAAGUUGGUCGUCACAGUUUCGUAAAGCAGUUGGUGUGAUUGGAGUUAAUUUAUUAUUUAAUAAAUAUUAGUGUCGUUAAACUUGUAACUGCCAUGGGUAUAAUAUAAAGUACAAUGUAUGUCUGUUUAAAUUAAAUCAUAUAAAUGUU